CCGCGUCCACCAUAUUGAACCGCGAUAUUGAGGCGCCUUUGCCGACACCGCCCUUCGAGGAUUCUCUGUAGAGAUUGCCCGAAACAUGCUCUUGAUCGGGAACCCACCUGAGGAUAUCAUCAUCCAGCAUGGACUUCGCAACCUGUACCGACGACGCGUCGUUUGGACCGUCGGUCCAGGGCUGCCGAGGGGAUUUCGACUUCACACUCAAAUUUGAAAAGAUAUUUCUCGCCAUUAUUCCAGCUGCCAUUUUCAUUGCACUUUCUCUACCAAGAAUCGUCCAGCUACACCGCAAGCCAGGUAUUGUUGGAGGGGUUAUUUUGCGUUACUUGAAGCUGAUAUCUAUAGCCAUCUACGGCAUCUUUGUGUUCUGCCAGCUAGUCUUGAGCAUUGCAAAAUCACGGAAAUUGGGCAUAUACUUCAUUCCUGCCGAUGCCUUGGCUCUCACAUCUAGUAUUUGCAUGCUUCUACUCUCUUCCCUCGAACACACCAAAUCACCACGUCCAUCCAUCUUCUUGAACGCCUAUCUCUUUAUCGCCACUCUCCUGGAUAUCUCGCAGACUAGAACCAUAUGGCUGGCAUCCUCGAAUCAUGACGAGCUCAACUACGCUAGCAUCUUCACUGUUGGCGUAGCUAUCAGGGCUCUUCUUAUUGUGCUCGAAUCCCAAUCCAAGUCAAGAUGGAUUCUACAAUGGGAAAAAGGUGCCCACAGUCCCGAGGAAACAGCAGGUCUCUACGGUCUUGGUGCAUACUUCUGGCUCAACAAGCUGUUUUUGAGGGGAUAUCGAGGUGUCCUCACCAUUGAUGAUCUUUUCCCCUUAGACCAUAAUAUCGCUUCUGCCAAGCUGUACGCUGAAGCUGGUCAUAAUUUCGAGGGUACAAAGCUGGGAAAGCGGCGGCACGGACUGGCAAAGGCAGUCAUGAAAGCUUUGGCUGUGUCCUUUUUGUUGCCCGUCGGACCUCGUAUUGCGUUCGGGGCCUUCCAGCUUUGCCAACCUUUCCUCAUCGAAACACUCCUGGGAUACCUUGAACAGCCCGUCGAAAUGAGUCCGAAGAACAUCGGAUACGGAUUGAUCGGCGCGGGACUCCUUAUCUAUGUCGGUAUGGCAGUGUCAUCAGCCUUUUACUGGUACUUUCAAGAACGCGCCAUGUACAUGACCCGCGGCCUACUUGCCGCUGCCGUGUACAGAAAGACAACCGAAGCCAGAAUCUCAGCUGCCGACGAUUCGGCCGCCCUCACCUUGAUGAGUGCCGAUAUCGAACGCGUUCUGGUCGGAUGCUUGGAGAUGCACGAGUUUUGGGCCAACAUGGUCGAGGUCGUCUUUGCCUGCUGGUUACUGUCCAGGAAAAUCGGGGUUGCCUUCACCGCCCCUGUCAUUGUCGUCGGCGUUUGUGUUGUCUGCUCCUUCUUCCUUGCCAAGCUUACUGGCCCUAGGCAAAAGGCUUGGAUGGAGAGGAUACAAAAGCGAGUAGGGCUCACCACGAACAUGAUCACACAGAUGAAGCACCUCAAGAUAUCUGGCCUCUCGGCUCCAGUUGAGGAGUCGAUUCAGGCCAUGAGGGUGGACGAGCUCGGGGCUGGGGCAAGAUUCCGGAUCGUCCAGGUUUAUGCAGCGGCAGUGGGUUACACUCCGUUGUGCCUUUCCCCUGUUGUAACCUUUGCCUUUGCCUCCAGGACCUUAGAUGUGACUACGAUCUUCACGUCCAUUUCCUACAUUCUGCUGUUGGCCAACCCUCUGGGAUCACUGUUCCAGCAUAUCCCAAGUUUCCUGGCGGCCCUGACGUGUCUGAAUCGCAUUCAGGCUUUUCUGGCACAAGAUUAUCGCACCGACUUUCGCGAGUCCGAGAUCCUUAUGGACCGCAGUGCCAGCUCACCCACGUCAAAGCUGGGUUCGGAAAGUGUUGAGGUUCACGCCGACCCCGGCCUUGAGAUCACGGAUGGCAAGUUUGGUUGGGACAACGACAAGACUGCUCUUCAUGAUAUCGAUAUCCGCAUCCCACACUCCAGUUUGACCAUCGUCAUUGGGCCCGUGGCUUCUGGCAAGUCGACGCUCUGCAAAGCUUUGCUGGGCGAAGUGCCUGUAUUUGGAGGUACACUUCAUGUGGCAAGCCGCUUCCGCAAAAUUGGGUAUUGCGACCAGACCCCUUACCUCUCGAACGCAACAAUCAGGGAAAACAUCAUUGGCUUCGACGCCUUCAAUCAAGAACGAUUUGACGAAGUCGUUGAAGCUACCGUGCUUCGCCAAGACCUCGAACUUCUGCCCCAAGGUGACGAGACCAAUGUUGGAAGCAAUGGGAUAUCCCUGAGUGGAGGACAGAAGCAACGGGUGUCGAUGGCCAGAGCUUUGUAUACGGACUCGAAGUUGUUGGUUUUUGACGACAUUCUCAGCGGCUUGGACGCUGACACGGAGGAACAAGUGUUUCGCCGUGUCUUCUCCCCGGAUGGCUUGUUACGUCGGAGAGGAGCUACAGUUGUCCUUUGCACCCACUCCAUCCGACACCUACCAUCGGCAGACCACAUCGUCGCACUGGGUUCAGAUGGCAGGAUUGUCGAGCAGGGGACCUUUCAGGAGCUGAUGAAGAAUGACAUGUACGUCAACAGCUUGGGUGUCCAGGAGUGCGAUGCCGCAAGCUCGAAGGAGGAUUUGGCAGUAGAGGAAAAACCAGGUCUGAGCACGACUCUGAAGAUGACCCCGAACAAGGUCACGGCCUUCAGCCCAGAAGCGGACAAGACGAGGGCAACGGGCGACUUUACGAUAUACCGGUAUUAUCUUGCUCGCCUCAACCUCUUUGGCGUUAUUGUCUUGAUCAUGGCAGGCUUCGGCUGGGGUUUCUGCAUCAACUUCUCCACAAUCUGGCUGAAGUUCUGGUCAGAGGAUGUCGCAUCGCCUCGGCCACAGCGGUCCAAUGCGUUCUACAAUGGAUUAUACACGCUGUUCCAGUUGGGUGCACUGAUGUCUCUGUUCCUUUCGGCUUUGGUGGUCUUUACCUCCAUGAUCACAAUAUCAGGGGCUAGACUCCAUCUCGAAACGCUCCGAACGGUCAUCAACGCGCCUCUCAAGUUCUUUACGACAACCGAUACUGGUAUCGUGACCAACUUGUUCUCACAGGAUAUGACUUUGGUUGACGGGCAGCUUCCCAUGGCGCUUGUCAAUCUCAUACUGUACAUCUUCAACUGCCUCGGAAUGGCGGCAGUGGUUGCUACGGCGUCCCCUUAUCUGGCCGUUGCUUACCCGUUCCUGGCGGUGGUCUUGUACGGGAUUCAAAAGUUUUAUCUGCGGACGUCGAGACAGAUCCGAUUGCUGGAUUUGGAGGCCAAGAGCCCGCUGUACUCCCACUUUAUCGACACGAUCAAAGGUCUCGCUACAUACCGCGCCUUUGGCUGGGUGCCUGAGUCUGUCAAGAAGAAUGACAUCCUCCUCGACACUUCUCAAAGACCGGCGUAUCUCCUAGCCAUGAUCCAGCGCUGGCUGGCUUUUACGCUGCAGAUUGUUGUUGCUAUGUUGGCAGUGGCGGUGAUCACCCUGUCGACGCAGAUGCGCACAAAUACUGCGUUUACUGGAGCCAGUUUGGUGACGCUGAUGAUCUUUGGGGAGGCGUUUUCGUACAUUAUCAGGUUUUACACCAUGUUGGAAACGUCGAUUGGUGCUGUCAGUCGGUUGAAGGCGUUUGGGGAGACGGUUAGGAGUGAGAAUAGGGAGGGAGAGGAUUUGCUGCCGGGGGAGGAGUGGCCGGCGAAGGGAGAGAUUAAGAUGACGGGAGUGUCGGCUUCGUAUGGCGGGGACGAGGAUGGCAAGCCGGGAGUAGAAGGCCAGAACUUCGCCCUCAAAGAUCUGAACAUUGAUAUCCUUCCAGGUCAGAAGGUGGCCAUCUGCGGUAGAAGCGGCAGCGGCAAAUCCUCCCUCCUCCUCCUCCUCCUCCGCCUCCUCGACCCUAUUUCUUCCCCCGCCUCCACCAUAGAAAUCGACUCUCUCCCCCUCGCCAAAAUCCACCGCUCCACCCUCCGCCAGCGCAUCAUCGCCGUCCCCCAAGACCCAGUCUUCCUCCCAGACGGAACGUCCUUCCAAGCCAACCUCGACCCGUUUGGGCUCGCCUCCGAAGAAGAAUGUCGCUCCGUGUUGGGGAUUGUCUCCCUCUGGCAGUCCUUUGUUUCGGAACGAGGCGGCUUGCAAGCGCCCUUGUCAUCAGACACGUUAUCUCAGGGACAAAAACAGCUUUUUAGCUUGGCGAGGGCGAUUCUCAGAGGACGGAUCCGUGGUAGAGGCAAGGGGAAACAAAACGAGGGAGGGGUGCUGCUUCUUGAUGAGGUUAGUUCUAGUGUGGAUAAGGAUACUGACGAGGCGAUGCAGAGGAUGAUUUUGGAUGAGUUUGCUGGGUAUACCAUUGUGAUGGUCAGCCAUCGGCUGGGUAUGGUGAUGAAUUUUGACAGGGUGGUUGUUAUGGAUGAGGGGAGGAUCGUGGAGGAUGGUAAGCCGAGGGAGCUUGUCGACCAGGAGGGUUCGAGGUUUAGGGAUUUGUGGAUGGUGGGGAGGAGGAAGAGGAAUUGACGUUCUUGGGGCAAGGCAAACAUGUGCGAAGGCGGGCACCAAAAGAGAUACAAGAUGAUGAAACGAGCUUCAGAUUUGGGACCCAAGGUCCAUGCCUUAAAACUGCCUGCCUUUUUCCCAUGCCAUUCCAUGCUGCCAUUUUGUUGUACAGAAUCCAACCUGAAAAUACCAACGCCG